AUUUAUUUUUUAACAGGAAGUCAAUCGAGCAUUGUGAAUCGUGUGAGUGUCGUGUGGAUGCGGCUUUGUAAAGCUUUGGUAGAAACGUUUUAUGUUUUUUCCACAUAUAUCAUGAUAUGAACAGAUUUUUUAAAAGAAACACAAACCGCUCUUCCAGGAUUGACAGAAAUGUCAUCAAAAAAGCCCCAACUUGUUGUGUUUGAUCUAGAUUACACCUUAUGGCCAUUCUGGGUUGAUACACACGUUGAAGCACCAUUCAUGCUGCAGGGAAAUGGGGAGAUAGUCGACAGUGCUGGCUAUCACGUGACUGUAUACCCAGAUGUACCACAGAUUCUCGAGAAGCUGCAUGCAGAAGGAUAUGUGAUGGCAGUGGCAUCCAGAACAUCUUGUAUAGAGGAGGCGAAUGAGCUGGUUGAACUGUUGCAGUGGAAUCGCUAUUUCACAUACAAAGAGAUUUACCCCAGUGCCAAGACCACGCACUUUGAAAAAUUUCGUCAAAAGAGUGGAAUUCCAUUCAAAUCAAUGUUGUUCUUUGAUGAUGAGCACCGAAACAUUGUGGACGUUGGAUCACUGGGUGUUACGUGUAUUUUGGCAGAAGAUGGUGUCUCUCAUGAUGUUUUAAAAUCAGGCUUGGAGACAUUUGCAAGAAAAAGUUAACAUCAAUGGAAUAUAGAUUAUUGACCCCCACCAUUUUGUCAUUAAAAAUUGUCCUCAUCUCAUAUCUGUUGUUUAAUAUAAUGUACAAAAUUUAACCUAACAUUUAAAAAAAUGUUCUUCAGAGAAAAGUAAUGUUAAUUUUUUCCCAAAUAAAUAUUCACAGUUUUACUAACUAAAUAUCAAAGUUUUACAUACAGAAUGUUAGCUGAUCUGUUUCUUUUGUAUUAUAUUUGUUUGGAGUGUUUUAAAGGAAAUAUUUUACUAGACAAAGAUUUAUGUUUAGAUCAUGUAUGUUAAUCUGGAAAGCCUUUGUAAAAAAAAAUGGAAUCGAUGUUACUCAGAAUUCAUCUAAAAAAAAUUGAAAGUUAUUUAAUAUAGAGCAUACUGUUUUCCCAAGCAAUAAGGAGAGGCCUAAAAAAGCUUUUCCCAGGUACCUACAUCCAUCACCCAGCAAUUAGGAGAGGCCUAAAAAAGCUUUUCUCAGGUACCUACAUCCAUCACCCAGUGCAGAAAAAUAUAUCUUUGUUACUAUUUUAUGAUAUUAUUUUCUCAGAAAAUUGAAAACUCCUCAUGGGAAAGAAUUGUAACUAGAGCAGAGUUCAAAUUAAACUGACUUUUGUAUGACUUUUUAUAGUUUUAUAAUUAUUUUUAUUAUUGUUUUAACCCACUGUGAUGUUUUAAAUAGUUUAUUUUUAAUUGCUCUUUUAACUGUAUUUAAUAGAGUUAUAGCCAGUGAACGGAGGUGAUAAGAAAAAACAACCUUGGGGUGUGGUAUUGCUUUAGCAGUACUCCCAGAAUGUUUGUUUAUCGUUUUUGCUUUUAUGUAUAUGAUGUUUAUUAUUUGGUUGUUAUUGUUCCACUACUAUAAACUUAUUUGACAAUGACAACUUUUUUGUGAAAGAUAAAUGAAUUUAAUAAAGAAGAUUGUUUUAAAA